CCUCUGGAGGUUGUUUAACCGAACUGUGUAUCCAAUUGGCUAUUAUAAUGAUUGGCAAACAGGCCUUCAAUUCCAUCUUAGAAGUUAUAAUGCCCAAAAUAUGGCGUAAAAUUAUGGCUCUAAAAGUGGGUCUAACAAGAUGUUUUUCACCCAAAGAGGACAAGCAUCACAAAGACACUGAAAGAUGGUGGAGAGAUUUAAAAUUACUAGACUGGGGUCCCCGGUCAUUAUUUCCCGAAUAUUUAGAAAUGGUUUUACAAUAUGGUUUUGUAACCAUAUUUGUGGCUGCCUUUCCUCUAGCACCGUUUUUUGCUCUACUUAACAAUAUUCUAGAAAUGCGUUUAGACGCCAAUAAACUUUUAACCCAUCAUAGAAGGCCGGUGUCGCAGAGAGUCCGCGAUAUAGGCGUUUGGUAUCGCAUUCUAGAUUGUAUUGGUAAACUAAGUGUCAUAACAAAUGGUUUUAUUAUAGCCUUUACCUCUGACAUGAUUCCCAGAUGGGUUUAUCGUGGCUUAAAUUCGGAGGAUGGUUCCUUACAUGGUUACUUAAACUUUACUUUAUCAGAAUUCCGUACAAGUGAUUCAGAUUCAGAAUUACGCAGUUUAUCUAUUAAAUACAAUAUAACCUCUUGCAAAUAUACAGAUUUUCGUGAACCACCUACCUCACCGAAUAAAUAUUAUUUAAGUAGUACUUUUUAUAUAAUUUUGGCUUGUCGUUUAGGUUUUGUUGUGGUAUUUGAGGUAAGUUUUUCUAACAAAAAUUUUCUGUUUUCUAAAAAAAGAUUAAAAAUUAAGUCUCAUUUUGAAUAUAAAUUAAAUCCCAUAUAG